AGGUCAGUGAACAAUUUCCUCAUGACUGGUCCAAAGGCUUACUUGAUCUACUCCAGCAGCGUGGCGGCUGGGGCCCAGAGUGGUAUCGAAGAAUGCAAAUACCAGUUUGCCUGGGACCGCUGGAACUGCCCUGAGAGGGCCCUGCAGUUGUCCAGUCAUGGUGGCCUUCGCAGUGCUAAUCGGGAGACAGCUUUUGUCCACGCCAUCAGCUCUGCCGGAGUUAUGUACACCCUGACCAGGAACUGCAGCCUUGGGGAUUUUGACAACUGUGGCUGUGACGACUCCCGCAAUGGGCAACUGGGAGGCCAAGGCUGGCUGUGGGGCGGCUGCAGCGACAACGUGGGCUUCGGAGAGGCAAUCUCCAAGCAGUUCGUCGAUGCUCUGGAGACGGGACAGGACGCCCGAGCUGCCAUGAACCUGCACAACAACGAGGCAGGGCGGAAAGCCGUGAAGGGCACCAUGAAACGCACUUGCAAGUGCCACGGCGUGUCGGGCAGCUGCACCACGCAGACGUGCUGGCUGCAGCUGCCCGAGUUCCGCGAGGUGGGCGCGCACCUGAAGGAGAAGUACCACGCCGCCCUCAAGGUGGACCUGCUGCAGGGGGCCGGCAACAGCGCGGCGGGCCGCGGGGCCAUCGCCGACACCUUCCGCUCCAUCUCCACGCGGGAGCUGGUGCACCUGGAGGACUCCCCGGACUACUGCCUGGAGAACAAGACGCUCGGCCUGCUGGGCACCGAGGGCCGCGAGUGUCUGCGGCGCGGGCGCUCCCUGGGCCGCUGGGAGCGCCGCAGCUGCCGCCGGCUGUGCGGGGACUGCGGGCUGGCGGUGGAGGAGCGGCGCGCCGAGACCGUGUCCAGCUGCAACUGCAAGUUCCACUGGUGCUGCGCGGUGCGCUGCGAGCAAUGCCGCCGGCGGGUCACCAAGUACUUCUGCAGCCGCGACGAGCGGCCGCGUGGGGGCGCGGCGCGAAAGGCCUCGAGGAAACCCUAA